AUGAGUAAACAAAGCGCACAACUCGAGCGGUACGGGGGCGGGGAAACCGCUGACUAUUCAAGUGACUCAGAUGUCUAUAGUGAUAAUAUAUCCGAAAGUGGAUCAGAAAAUUGCAGUGACUAUGGUUCCGACUAUGAGUCAGAUACCGAAACAAGUACUAUUAAGCCUCAAAUAUUCCAACCCCCUAAAGUAGAAGAACAAGUGUCUAAUACGACAUAUUCCACAGAACAAGCGAGUCCCGCAUAUUUUAAAAGGCAAGAAAGAUUUGAUAAUAAAUUUACACAAAAAGACGUGAUGAAUAAAAUCCGUAAAAUCGUUUCUUCACCUGCCAGAGAUAUGUCGAACAAUAAAGGAUCAUUAGAAGAUAUACAUUUAUGGGACUAUCUCUUACCUAAUUAUGGAGCAAAAGAAGGAAUUAGUCUGCUUGAUGCAUAUACACGGAAGGAAUUAGCAGAUAAAUUAGUUAUACAGGUAGAACAGGGUGAAUACAAAAAAUUCUCAGUUGUAGAUGAUAUUUCUGAAGUAUAUGGUUUACCUGGAAUUCACGAAUGUAUUAAUGGCCAAAACCCACUAAGACCA